CUUGACUUCGAUGCUUGCUUCAGCAUCCCAACGCUUGUUUCCUGGAUGGCGCUCUGGGCCUGCAGGAUUGAGGAGCAGCAGCGAGAUUAUCUCCAAUGUUUUCCCCAGACCUGGCUCCUCAGCGAGCAUUCCGCCCAAGCCCUCUUCUUCUUCCGGUGCAGUCAAGGAAAGCUGCCCGGUAAUCCGAUGGACGUAGAACACGUAAGAUCCUUCCUGAAUCCUGGACCAAAAAGAGAAGCCGGGCUGCGUUGCUGAAGGUUUGUUGAUGAUCUCUCCAUCGUCCCUCACCAUCUUGCCUUCGCGAGCAAGAAGCCAAGCGACGCUGCGACGCUGGAAAGGCAGAAGCGUAGCGACAAGCCCGGCAGGUUGCAACGCGUUCUCUGCUUCCCUCGUAGCGACUGGAGGUGCGGGUCCAACCACAGAAUAGAAGAACGGCACGGUCGGAUCCUCGUUGCCAGUAUGGACGAGCGGAUCCGGAUACACAUGCUGAAUCAGCUGUCGCUGCAUCGUUUCCACCGUGCUCUUGCUCCCAUCUGUUCCAAACGCUCUGGGAGUCAACGACACCGUCACAUGCAAGCUCAGGCUAAAGGGUAGAAUGGUGUCUUCAGCAGCCCGCAUCCUCAGUCUCAACUUCGCAUCGAUGGCAACUCGUUUCUCCUGCAUCAGUUUCACGCAUUGCAAUAAGACGUCAUGCGUCUCGGCCAGUCCGUCAUCAGGUAAGCCGAGGAGCUCCAAGUCGAGUCCGUCAGCUGCACGGGGAAGAAGCAAGAACCAGUCAAUCGAUCCUUCUCGUUUCGCAAGAACUUGAGACACGGCGACCACGCGUGAAGAGUGCGAGCAUAACAGCGCGUUUCCCAGAUCGAUUUCUUGCUCGUCGUGGUCCAUGACGGAGGCCAACACUUGUAGGGCAUCGACCAAGUUUUUCUCAUCUGAAGGCCAUUCCUCGUAUUCGUCUCCUCCAGCAUACAGCCCUAAUAUUGAACCAGAUGGAAUCUCAUUGGAAUAGGUCAUCUCGAAGGUGUGGGCCAUUAUGGGGAUCUCCACGCCUGCAUCACGCGCAGAGUCCGGAACAAGAGCCUUGAGUUUCGGGUAUUGCAUCUCGGCCCAAGUGAAUUCCGUUAAUUUCUUCUCAUCGUGACCGGAUUUGGCUUCUGGAGACUCGCGCUUCAUGCGCUUCGUACGACCGGUGCCGCUGGGUGCCGGCGACGCGACGCGUUUUGUCCCCUUUCCCUUACGCGGACUGGUUCGCGAUUCGAGAGCAUUUGAUAUCGGGACUUGCAGCGCGUCAACGAGGCCGGAGAUGUUCAGCGCGGGCCGGUAGACAUGAUGAUUGGGAUUAAGGCGUCGUUUGUUGCGCUGCGAAGGGCCGACUGGAGGGAAGUAGUGUCGCGGAAGCGCGUAAAGAGGCUCCGUGUGAUGGGAGAUGGUGUCGCGCAUCGAGACAAGGCACUCGGAUUAUGUGAGCACAGGCCCCCCACAAUGGUGGUGGUUACGGAAAGACCUAGAUCAAUGAUGAUCAAUAUUGAGUCAUCCUCGAUCACAUGCGCGCGUAACGAUUCUUGACUAGCUUGACCAGCACUUGCGGACCCGCCGAUUGUGCUUUUAUAGACGGUGCUGAGCAUUGCAGCUCUCAAAAUCUUAUCCUUCCACUUGACAUGGCACUUCACGUAUACUCCCUCCCAAUCGAGCUUCUCGAUACUCUUUCUCCACGAGAUCUCUUUGGCGAGAUUCCAUCUAGAUCAACCUCUCCCGUGCCUGCACCCGCUGCUUCUACCUCGGCAAACGGCAGCUCGAGGGCAUGCAACAUCUGCAACGGCGCAUCUUUUCUCGAUGUUGAGGAGCAACGAGCGCAUUACCGGUCAGAUUGGCACAGGUACAACGUCAAGAGCAGGUUGAAGGGAGGGCCUGCGGUGUCGGAGCAGGAAUUUUUGACAUUAGUCGAUGGUCUCGAGGACUCGAUAUCGGGUUCCGCAUCCGAGGAGAGCGACGGCGACGACUCAGAUGAUGCUGUCGACGCCUUAGUCAAGAAGACAACACGGACCUCACGCUCGCGAUCUCCGAGCCUAGAACGACGAAACGCUCCGCAGACCGCGCUUGUUUGGUUUCACUCCCCACCGGCCACUCAGAUCGGGAUUUACAAAGCCUUGUUUUACACCGGAAUAUCCCAAACAUCAUACGUCUCGGCUCUGAAGGACAUGCAAGCGGGAGAACGGACAUGGGCGAUGUUUAUGGUUGCUGGUGGUCACUUUGCCGGAGCCGUUGUUCGUGUGAGCCGUGGGGUCGAGGACACAGGGUCGGAGUACGGAGAGAAGAACAAGAAGAAGCAGAACAAACCCAAACCGGACACGGAAGUCUUGAGGCACAAAACAUUCCACCGCUACACCACACGAAGGAAGCAGGGAGGAUCGCAAGGACUGAACGACAACGCGAAAGGCAAUGCGAAGAGUGCUGGUGCUAUGCUUCGGCGGUACGGAGAACAAGCUUUGCGUGAUGACAUCCGGAACCUCAUCAACGAAUGGGCUGAAGAGAUCAACGCCUGUGAACGGAUCUGGAUCCGUGCAAGCGGCUCAAAUCGCAAGAUAUUCCUCGACUACGAUGGGUGUGUGAUCGAGAAAGGGGACGAUCGUUUGCGUACAUUUCCUUUUCCGACAAGGCGGCCAACGCAAUCGGAACUGGCUCGUUGCCUGGCGGAACUCACCCGUCCCAAAACGUCGCAUUUCACUGAAGAAGCCCUCCGAGCUCAGGAUGAAGCGUACCUCGCCUCGCUUCCGAAGCCAAAGCCGAAACCAAAACCAAUGGCCACUCCGAUUGUCGAGAAACCAAAGCCCGUCAAACUGAGCCAAGAGGAGGAGGCUUUACGUGAACGGUGGACGCGAGUUCUGGAAAUGGUGUCCAAGGGCCGUCUAGACUCACUCAAAUCCUUUUGGGACCGAGAGGGGGCGUCUCUAGGUGGUGUUGAUACGGCCAUUCCUGAGUGGAGUGGAGAACGUGUGUCCACCCUGUUGCAGUUGGCAGCGCAGUCAGGCCAGGAGCAGGUCACCGAGUGGCUGCUUGAAACUCUGCGUGCAGACCCAACCAUUGCAUCCAGCAGCGACGACGGAUCACGACGAACGGCUUAUGAUCUGGCCUCAGCUCGCUCAGUCCGGGACAUGUUCCGCAGGUGCGCGGGGGCACAUCCUGAUUGGUGGGAUUGGUUCGGGAUCGGACAUGUUCCCAGUGCACUGAGCAAAGAAAUGGAGGAGGAGCGAGAUGAGAAGAAAAAAGUUCGGCGCAAGGGCCUGAAAGAUAAAGUCAAGGAACGGGAAACAAAGCUUCCGAAAGCAGCGGUGCCUGAACUACAACUGGAGUCGCCACCACAGCUUAUAGCGGAAACGACUGGCCCCCGCAAGUUGGGUGGGGCAUCUGGCUCUGCCCAAGGCAUCGCAGGUUUGACACCGGAGAUGCGUGCAAAAGUGGAGAGGGAAAGGCGAGCUCGAGCUGCAGAAGCAAGACUAGGAAAAUAGUGAAUUAAGGAGCACAGACUACAUUAGCUCAUAAUUGCGGACGGGCUUUCAGUUCCUGCAAGUACUUGUGUGCUUUACCCAGCAUCCAGAUAGGAAAUGAAAACUUGAAGUUGGG